GACUUAUCUUAAUCAAAGGGUUGAAAGAGAAAUUCUUUACCGAACGAAGACUUUGAGAAGUGGUGAAAAAAAUAUCGGAGAGAGAUGGGCGGAUCUCGGAUCUGGCUGGCAGCGCUAACCCUGGCUUUCUUCGCUGCUGCUUCCGUCGCCGAUGAUGACGUUGUCGUUCUAACGGAGGUCAACUUCGAGACCGAGGUGGGCAAGGAUCGCGGCGCCCUCGUGGAGUUCUACGCUCCAUGGUGUGGGCACUGUAAGAAGCUUGCUCCUGAGUAUGAGAAACUUGGUUCUAGUUUUAAAAAAGCUAAAUCUGUGUUGAUUGCAAAGGUUGACUGUGACGACCAGAAAAGCUUGUGCAGCAAAUAUGGAGUUCAAGGUUACCCAACCCUUCAAUGGUUUCCCAAAGGCUCUUUGGAGCCCAAAAAGUAUGAAGGUCCAAGGACAGCAGAAGCUCUUGUUGAAUUUGUUAACAAUGAAGGAGGUACACAAUUUUGUAACAUUGAAUUUAGAAAGUG